AUGUCCAAACUCUUCCAAACCGGCGCCCUUCUAGCCGCGCUCGUUGCGGGCGUUGCAGGCCACACUUCCGUCGAGAAGUUCGAAGCAGGUGGCAAGACCUACGAUGGGUUCUACCAGAGCUCUAAGCAAGACCCUGGUAAUAAGUCACCUGCCUGGUGGACCAAUCAGGGCUGGGGCUACCAGCCAAUCUAUGGGAAUCAACUUCAGUCCCCGGACAUCAUUGCUCACAAGGACGCCUCACCAUCUCCUUACACAGUCGAGGCACCUGCUGGCGAGAAGGUGACCUUCACAUGGCACCACGACGGUAGCUGUGGUGGCGGUGAAGAGGGUUGGGACUGUUCGCAUCAUGGCUGGACCGCAACCUACCUAGCACCCUGUAAAGGUGAUUGCAAAGACGUCGUAAAAACGAACUUGGAUUUCUUCAAGAUCCACGAGAGCGCCCUUAUCGAUUACCGUGACGGCCGCUUCUCCCAGGGUAGCAAGCAAGCCCAGACUGGCUACUGGGGAACCGACGCCAUCUUUUACGACAACGGCAACAAGCAAAGUGUCACUAUCCCCAAGGAAAUCCCUAGCGGAAACUAUGUUCUUCGCACUGAAGUUGUCUCCAUCCACAACAACGGCGACGUUUCGCAAAGGCAGUUCUGGCCCCAGGCCUUUAAUAUUAAGGUCACCGGUGGUGAUGACAGCGCUCAGAUGCCCCCUGGAAAGAAGGGUACUGAGCUGUAUCACACCACCGACCCGCUACUGCAGUGGAAUCUCUACUGGCACGACGCUGGCAAGACCAUCAAGGCUGCCCCUGGUCCCCAGCUCGCCUCCGUCGCCUCUGUGACGCGCCGUCAUCCGCGUGACUUUUCUUCUUAG